AUGGCAGAGGAGGACACCGUGAACUUGGAUGCUCUUAUUGAGAGGUUAGUAGCAGUAAGAGGGUCACGACCAGGUAAACUUGUUGAAAUAAGCGAGGCCGAAAUCGAAUAUCUCUGCCGCACGGCGCGGGAGAUCUUCCUCACCCAACCGAUACUACUAGAACUUGAGGCACCUAUCAAGGUCUGCGGCGACAUCCACGGACAAUACUACGACCUACUACGCCUAUUCGAAUACGGUGGCUUUCCACCCGAAUCCAACUACUUGUUUCUCGGUGACUACGUGGAUCGCGGCAAACAGUCCAUAGAAUGUAUCUGUCUCCUGUUAGCCUACAAGAUCAAGUAUCCGGAGAACUUUUUCAUUUUGCGAGGGAAUCAUGAAUGCGCAUCCAUCAAUCGCAUCUACGGAUUCUACGACGAAUGUAAACGAAGGUAUAAUGUCAGGCUUUGGAAGACAUUCAUCGAUUGCUUCAACUGUCUCCCUCUUGUCGCUAUUAUAGAAGACAAGAUAUUUUGUAUGCAUGGAGGGCUUAGCCCGGACUUGAGUUCUAUGGAACAAAUCCGGCGCAUUAUGCGACCUACGGAUAUCCCCGAUGAGGGUUUACUAUGCGACCUCCUCUGGGCCGACCCGGGCAAGCAUAUUCUGGGCUGGGGCGCGAACGAACGUGGUGUAUCGUUUACUUUCGGUCCUGAUGUGGUCCAUCGGUUUAUCCAGAGGCAUGAUCUCGACCUUAUAUGCCGCGCACAUGAGUGUGUUCAGGAUGGAUAUGAGUUCUUCGCUAAGAGACAGCUCAUAACUCUUUUCAGUGCGCCAAAUUAUUGUGGCGAGUUUGAUAAUUCGGGGGCUAUGCUGGAUAUUGAUGAGGAACUUAUGUGCUCGUUUAAGAUUUUAAAGCCGGCCGAGAAACGGAAGCAGAUUUUUGGAAAGCGAUCGGGCAAAGAAAAAGGUCGUUAA